UUCUCCCCAAAAUUUUCUUAUGAGAACACUCUUCCCCUUUCCCACGAAAGACAAAAUUUCAGGAUCCAAAAAAGCAACACAGAUGAAAGGGGAAGGUUGAAUGUGAAAGCAAGGUGAGAGCUGUGGUGGUCCGAGGGGGGAGCGGGGUUGCUAUGGGGGCGAAUCCCUUUCCCAAGCACAGAACAUUGUGGCACCACUUACGGUGCGCCUCUGCCUCAUUCCGGAUCAAGUUGACCAUAACUGCUGAUGGGGGAUCAGCAAUAAAAGUCCGACACACAGAUAAAGAUGGGAUGAGCGCAUGCAUAAAACUUGGGGGCAUUUUUGCUCCCCUGCAGCUUUUGUGCCGUCAAAAAAGAGCUUCCAAUUUCUGGUACUUGACUGAAUAGUUGACAUCGCUGCGCAGAAGAAAAGCACACUGGAAAUAUUGCGACUCGCUUGUCUAGGAAAUGCAUAAGCGCCCCUGCCCCCCCUUCUUUUUUUCUUUCCCUUAUCACCGACUUUCAUUAUGUCAAUUGUAGAGUAUGUUCUUUAUUUCGGAAAAUCCUCUGUGCACGCACACACACGCUGUCUGCAUUCCAUCCUGCCACAUCGCACGCGGCUUGCUCCGCUGAUUACUUCACUCACUCAGUUCGUUGUCGCGUGCUCCCCGCAUGCCAACCACGCACACGCCUUCCAUGCUCUCCCUCCACGCCACACACAGUUGCCUACCGUCCCGUGCCUGCGACUCUAUGCGACCUGGCAUCGGCCCGGUACCCUCACAGGCUUGAUGGAUUUUCAUGAGGUCUGUUGCACAUUCCUUAGUAAAUUCUCUACAAAAUGACAUUGCUAUGUUUUUGAAUUACUAUCUCAUUUUUUUACUGUUUAGCUAAUUUGACAUGACGAUAACCACUGCAUUAUACAAACAUGGAUAUAAUGUUCUGCGUAAAAAAAAUCAGGGUCAUAAAAAUAUUUGGAAAAGGUUACUGCACAAACCAUUACUAUGGCUAAACUAUAAGAGAAACUGUGGGCUUCUACCACGUUUUUUUGUCAUGCCAGGCUUUCUGCAAGUUUGGUACAACAGUGAUGUAAAUACAGUUAAACCUGGAUGUAAUGAACCUAUAUGUAACGAAUUCCUGGAUUUAACGAAGUUUUUGAAUUCCCCAACGCUGCCCCCAUUGAAGCCCAUGUAUUUUCGACCUUGAUGUAACGAACGCGUUGCGGUGGUUAGCCUUGAUGUAACGAACUCCCAAAGCUUAUCAGUCAUUACUUUUUGCACUUUUAAGGAAAAUUCGGCCGAAGGAAUGCUCUAGAUUAUUGAAUAUUAAUAUUGUAAGGAGCCAGCAGCUACGCGAACGCCAGGGAUUGCCGCGACCGAGCAAAGUUAGCGAUGAUGAUGAUGAUGGCAACUAGCGCCGCUCCGUGCCUAAUGUAGCAGUCUUUUCAGGCUUUGCUUGUCUAGCGUGACACCAGGUGGCAUUGGUAUCGGCAGCUGAUUUCUCUUUCAGAUUUAUUUUGUUUCGUAUGGAUUUGAGGACAAGCAUUCUUAUUUUGUGAUUUUCAUUUGUUUCAACGGCUUAGACACACUUAUGUGUAAGAAUUCAUUUGAAAAGCAACGCUGAUAGCCGGUUCUUUCAUUGUCAGGGCGCGGGAAGGGAGAGGGACGAUAUGUGUCACUUUUUUUUUCUUUCUCUAUGGAUGCGUUGCAUUCGCCAUUUUGAGUGUUGUCCUGCAUUCUGCACGUGUGCGUGUGUCAACUGUGCUCCGGUACUGGUUUGUCCGACUUGUUUUGGAGGUGCUAGGCCUGCCUGUCGACGUGUAGUCGUGCGUCUCCGCUUCUAACUACGUCGUCGGUAGUUCGUGAUGAGUUCUACUGCCAGAAAACGAAAAGUUCUGUCUUUUGAAGACAAACUCGCAAUUUUAAAUGCAGUCUCCGCGCGCGAGAAGAAGAAGGACGUUGCCACCCGUUUCAGCAUUCCAGCGAGCACACUAGCAACGAUUUUGAGUGCGGAACACAGCAUCAGAAACGCAGUGGAGUCGGGAACAAGCUCGAAGAAAAAAAGACUGAAGCUGUCCACAUACACUGAUGUGGACAAGGCAGUGUUCACGUGGUUUUUGGACACGAGAGCCAGAAAUGUAUCUAUAAGUGGCGCGAUCUUACAACAGAAGGCAAAGAAUUUUGCGUGUAUCUUGGGCCAUGAUGAUUUCAAGGCAAGCAACGGGUGGCUGCAGGGAUUUAAGAGCCGGCAUGGUGUCGUCGGAAGAGUGAUCAGCAGCGAAUCUGCCUCCGCAGACAGCGAUGCUGCUGCUUCGUGGGUGGCUGACAAGCUGCCUGGAAUCCUGAGUCGCUUCGAGGCGGCUGAUGUCUAGAAUGCCGACGAGACAGCUCUAUUUUAUCAGAUGCUUCCGGGCCGCACGCUAGCAUUAAAAGGCGAUGACUGCCGCGGCGGAAAGCAGAGCAAGCUCCGCAUAACAAUUCUGCUGUGUGCCAACCUCGACGGCACAGACAAGCGAGUCCCGCUAGUUGUCGGCAAAAGUGCCCGUCCCUGGUGUUUUAAGGGAACGAAGCGUAUGCCCGUGAAGUAUGCGGCGAAUUCCAAAGCGUGGAUGACUCGGCCAAUAUUUUCUGAGUGGUUGAAGGAAUUUAACCAGGACGUCAAGCGGCAAGGCCAUCAAGUUUGCCUACUGCUGGACAAUUGCUCGGCGCACCACGUCGAGGGCCUGCAGCUGUCGAACAUAGAACUGCAUUACUUCCCGGCCAACUGCACAUCCCUAAUACAGCCCCUGGACAAAGGGGUCAUUAACAGUUUUAAAUGCUGUUACCGGCGCCGACUAAUCCUGAAGAUACUUCUCGACAUCCGUCUGGAACGGGAGAUGAAGAUCGACAUUUAUCAAGCAGUCGAGAUGCUUGCUGCCUCCUGGCAAGAGGUCAGGGCAGAAGUUAUCGCGAAUUGCUUUUUAAAGGCCGGAAUAGCCAAAAACACACGGGCUGGUGCCGACGAGGAGGAGGAGGAAGACCUUUCUACUCCGUCCGAUGUGGCCGAAGCGUGGAACGAGCUAUGUACUAACGGUGGUGUACCCGACGACGUUGAACUUACUGACUUUUUGUUUGCCGACAACGCCGCCGUGGCUACAGAAGAAAUGUCUGAUGCAGCAGUAGCUGAAAGCGUGAAAAAUCCCGAUGGCGGUGAUGAUGGUGCCUGUGAGGCAGAUCCGUGUGACGUGCCUACUGCAAAGGAGGUGAUGAACGCAAUGGACGUUAUGCGCCGUUUCGUCGGCUCGCUCGACGAUGAAGGAGCUCUACAUGAUUUAGCUUCUUUGUAGCGGUGUGUUGUGCCUUCACUCAUGCCGAAGAAGCAAGCGGAAAUUACGCACUUUUUUGGUGUAAAAUAAAUGCUUGGAGGGUGAGUUCACCUUCACGGAUAUAUUGAGCUAUUUGGUUUCGUUUCUGCAUCAUUCGUAUGAGCCUUCACGCGAAACCUGCAUGUAACGAAAAAUUGCGAGCUUUUGUCAACUUCGUUACAUCCAGGUGUAACUGCAAAUAUUUAUGUCAAAACUGCUGGAGGUAUAUUAAUGAAACUUUCUAAUUAGUCAUUCAGAGCUCUUCCCAAAUAAGCACGUCAAAUUUCAUUGCUCUACUUUAAGUGGCCCAGUUAUGUCAAGACAUAACAAAAUCAGGACUUUGGA